AUGGUCUCAACUCGCAACCAACGCAAAGCUUCUGGAGAAGAACUUUUAGGUCCUUUGCUCGUACACCGAAAGCCAAGGUCCAAGAGAGACAAUAUGACUGGAGAAAACAAACAGGAUACAUCUAGUGAUGGCGAUCGCAUCACUAAACUUGAGCAACAAGUUGAAAACUUGUCUGCAUCAAUCCUUAAACUCGUGGAGAGUUUGAAGACUGGAAAAUCUUCACGUCCAUCAACUUCAUCUGAGCCUGAUCAAAAGCUCAAGAAAAAGGUUGUUGAGGAUAGCGAAGAUGAAGACGACAUACAAGCUGAUCCAACGAAAAAGGAAGCUGAAUCAGGUGACAAUAAAAAUUCUAUUGAUACCUUAAAGAUUGAUUUUAAGGUUGACAUCCCUAUUUAUAAAGGAGAUAUUGAUCCUGAAAAGCUAGAUAACUGGAUAGACACAUUAGAAACUUAUUUCACAGUUUAUAAGUAUUCUAAUGUGCAAAAAAUAAAAUAUGCGAGUUUGAAACUUUCAAGCCAUGCCCUUACAUGGUGGAAGUCCUAUCAGAGACGGUAUGAUGUCUCAGAAUUGACUUGGAAGAACUUCAAGAAGCUUUUGAGAAAACAAUUUUAUCCAGUUGGCUAUGAAGAUGAAAGAUGGUAUAAGUGGCAACACUUCAGACAAAGAUUUGGGCAGCCUGUACAAGAGUAUACAACAGAGUUCCACAACCAAGCUAUGGUUCUGGACAUUGACGUUGACGACUACGACGUUUUCAUGAAGUAUACCGGAGGUCUUGCCGACUACAUACGGAAAGAACUAAAAUUGUUCACCGUAGAUACUAUUGAAGAUGCUACUGUGAAGGCCAUAGCCAUUGAGGCAAAAAAUAAAAGAACUGACAAGAAGGAUGACAGAUCAAAACCUGUCAACAAAACUGACUGGCAGAAAAAGGGGAAGCAGAGCAAGGAAGGUCAGACACAGAAUGUCUACUGUGAUCACUGUCAAACCAGCAGACAUGCCAAAGACAAGUGCUGGAUACUCCAUCCAGAGUUACGGCCAAAGCGCGAGAAAAACAACCAGGGGAGAAAUGACAGAAAAGCCACAUUAACUGCACAACGGGCAGAAGAGCUUCCAGAGUUGAAGCAACCUGAUGUUACACUUACCCUUAUGACAAGACCAGCAGAUACUGAAGACACGUACAACCGUGAAGAGCUGUUUCAUGUGAAUAUCCAGGUGAAGCAAAGUGUUGUACAAGCUAUUAUUGACCCUGGAAGUCAGAAAAACCUGAUUUCAGAGGCUUUAGUAAGAACAGUGGGUUUAAACACCACACCACAUCCUAAGCCGUACCCGUUAGGAUGGAUUCAGAAGGAUGUUGACUUACAGAUCACGAAGCAAUGUACCUUCAAAUUUGCUAUCACCAAUCGAUAUAUCGAUGAGGUGACAUGUGAGGUGGUUCCCUUUGGAUGUUUGCCAAGUCAUAUUAGGUAG